GGUGGUGGUGGGGGGGCAAACGAAGAAGAAACCCGAGAGCCUGCGUCACUUUUUUUUAGGGUGUGUCCGGCGUGUGAGCCCGAGUUGGUCUGUGUUCGUCUGUGGUUCCAGUCUGGCGUGGUCUCAGGGGAUUGUGGGUCUGUGAGUGGCGCUCCUCCCCUCCUGGUUCUGCUUGCUCUCCUGGGUACAGCACAACACCUGCUCCUUGCACCGGCGCACGACAGUCUCCUAAGCAACUCAGCUGCAGCACCGCUGCUUCAUAUGCCUUUUUGUUUUUCUCUCUCAGACCUGGACGCAUCCAAGUGAGAUAAGCGGAACAAAUAAACUAAGGACUGGUUUUCCCUCUGUAUCGGGGCAGGAUUAGUCGGGUCUCUUCCGGGAACGCAUUAGUCAAUGUUUAACACCACUUUGAACAUCCUAAUGUGGCGUCACUUUACUCUGUGACUAAAGUCUACAAGAAGAAAAAAAAAAGUGACUUGCAGUGCUGGAGGUAUAGAUUUUUGGGGUUUCCUCAGUGGACUGACCGAUUUUGACUCAUUGGAUUGGAUUAACAGAAUCAACCUAUUUAACUGUGGCUACCAUGACAACAGAGGCAAGUGCCGUAAGUGAGGCAGACACUGAAGGCAAGCAGAAGGCUAGCGCCGCUGAACCCGAACCUGAGAACAAGCAGAGUCCAGAGGCGACCGCAUCUGAGCCAGAGGGGGAGCAGUCGAGCAAGAAAGCCCAGGGACAGGCCCCUGAGCCUGGCUCUGCUGAUGCAGCCUCCUCCCCUGAAGAGGAACAGCUGAAACCUCGCACCCGAACCUCUGCUGGCAAAGGCCUCUCUCGCCUCUUUUCCUCUUUUCUUAAACGCCGUUCGCAGUGCUCAGAAGGAGAGGGCUUUGAGGCAGAGAAAGCAAGGGAGGAAAAGGAGGAUAAAGAAGAACAGGCCACUAAAGCAGAAGAAGAAAAGGAAGAAAAAGUCAAAACUGAAGAGAAGGAUACUCUCAUAGAGGCGACAGACUCGAAAGAGGCAAAAAAGAGCGAAGAGAAACAACAAAAAGAGGAAAAGAAGACUGAGCCAGAGAAAAUAGAGAAGAAGGGCAGUAAGAAGAAAAAGAAAGACACCAAGAAGAAAACAGAAGAAGGGGAUCCAGAGAAAGUGAAAACCACAGAGGAGAAAAAGGAAGAGGAUCCAGAGAAGAAAGAGGAGGAGAAAAAAGAGGAGCAAGAAGAGAAGAAGAAAGAGGAGGAGAAGAAAGAGGGGCAAAAAGGAGACACAAAGGUAGAGGAAGCUUUAGUAAUAGAAGAAAAAUUGGAGACACAAGAAGUGAAGAAGAAAACUACAGAAGAAAAAGGCACUGAAACAGAUCCUGAAAAGGACACUCAAGAGGAGGAAAAAGUUGAUAAAAAGGUGGCAAAGAAAAAAGAAAAAGAGGAAAGAGUGAAGAAAAGAGAAGAAGAAAAAGCUAAGAAAAAAACAGAGGAGGAAGAAAGGGUAAAGAAAAGGGAGGAGGAGAAAGAGAAGAAGAGGGAGGAAGAGAAGGCCAAAGAGGCAGAAAAAGCAAAGAAGAAAGAGGAGGAAAAGGCUAAAAAGAAGGAGGAGGAGGAGAAGGCAAAGGAGGAGAAAUUCAAAAAGAAAGAGGAGGAAAAGUUGAAGGAGGCCAAAAAGAAAGAGGAGGAGAAAUCAAAAGAGGCCAAAAAGAAAGAAGAGGAGAAAUCAAAAGAGGUCAAAAAGAAAGAAGAGGAGAAAUCAAAAGAGGCCAAAAAGAAAGGAGAGGAGAAAUCAAAGGAGGCCAAAAAGAAAGAAGAGAAGGGGGAUAAGAAGGCAGACGAUAAACGGGUAGAAGACAAAGGGAAGAAAAAAGAAAACGUGAAAAAAGGAAAGAAGGAAGAGGAGAAGGGGUCAAGUGAGGAGCGGGUGAAAGCACCAAUUGCUGCCCCAGAACCAGAACUUAAAACAGAGCCAGAAACUGAAAAAGCUCCUGAUCAGCACUCACUCAACAGCGCAGAAAUGCAGCCAGCUCCAGAGGAACCCAAGGAAAAAGUUGCAAUCAAGGAGCCCGAAGAAGACCAAGUAGUGGAAGAGGAGGAAGGCGCAGAGAAGAAAGAGGCAGAGGAGAAGGAAGCGAAGGGAGAUGAUGAGAAGCCUAAGGAGGAACCCAAGGAGGAAAAGCCCGCGAAAGAAAAGAAGACUGAGAAGAAGGGUGACGAUACCAAAGGCUCCAAACGACAGAAAACAAUUCAGUGCAAAAUCACUUUACUGGAUGACAUUCAGUAUGCGUGUGAGCUCGACAAACAUGCUAAAGGACAGGAGCUCAUCACGAAAGUGUGUGACAACCUCAACCUGCUGGAGAAAGAUUACUUUGGCAUUGCUCACUGGGAAACACCGACCAGCAAGACAUGGCUGGAACCCGCCAAGGAAAUCCGGAAACAGGUGCCAGGUGCUGUCUACGAGUUUACUUUCAACAUAAAGUUCUAUCCUCCUGACCCGGCACAGCUUACUGAAGACCUCACAAGGUACUAUCUGUGUCUCCAGCUGAGGAAGGACAUCAUGAGUGGGGUUCUUCCAUGUUCCUUUGUCACGCUGUCCCUGCUGGGCUCUUACACAGCACAGUCAGAGCUUGGUGAAUAUGACCCAGAGCUCCAUGGAGCUGACUAUGUUAAAGAUCUUCGUCUUGCUCCUGGACAGAGCAAAGAGCUGGAGGAAAAGGUGAUUGAGUUACAUCGUACAUAUAGGUCAAUGAGUCCAGCCCAAGCAGACAUGCUGUUCCUGGAAAAUGCCAAGAAACUUGCAAUGUAUGGUGUGGACCUUCAUCAAGCCAAGGAUCUUGAUGGUGUUGACAUUACACUUGGAGUUUGCUCUGGUGGUCUGAUGGUUUAUAAGGAGAAGCUGAGAAUCAACCGUUUCCCUUGGCCGAAAGUUCUCAAGAUCUCUUACAAACGCAGCAGCUUCUUCAUUAAGAUUCGGCCGUCCGAGCAAGAGCAGUAUGAAAGCACAAUCGGCUUCAAACUACCAAACUACAAAGCUUCGAAGAAGUUGUGGAAAGUUUGUGUUGAACAUCACACCUUCUUCAGGGUUUCGGCAAUUGAGCCUCCCUCGUCACGUCGCUUCCUCGUCCUGGGCUCCAAGUUCAGGUACAGCGGGCGCACCCAAGCCCAGACCCGGCAAGCCAGUUCCAUGAUCGACCGCCCUGCGCCUCGCUUCACACGCUCUGCAAGCAAACGCCUCUCCCGCAAUUUAGAUGGAGCUGUAGACCAGACUCUUCAGAGCCUCACAGCAUCAACCAGGUCUGAGGUUGAUGACUGGUCGUCGAUACUUGCUUCUGAAAACCCCCACCCUUCCCUCAAAUUUCCAGCCGGAGGUGAGUCUGAACAGACAUUUAUUCAGUCCUGGAAUACUCAGGCAGGCAGUCAGUGGUGGUUGGCGCUUUCAUCUGAUGCGCAGCUACAGACGAGAAAAGAAGAUGACUGGUCUACCCUGGUCGAACGAGAUCCUCCUUUCCCAUUUUCCCCGUCUUUUGAUUUUGUUAACCAGCCAGCUAAACUCAGCUUGGCAAACAUGAGCUCUCUUGACAGGCUAUUGCAACCAGCACAGGAACAGCCCCGUGACUGGUUCCUCCACUUUGAUCGACUCCCCAGCCUGUCAUUGUAUAAGCAUGUCGAUAAACCUCAGCAUGAGUCACUGUGUGAUGCCAAGCUCCAGGUGAAGGAUGAGGAGACUAUGUGUGUUAAAGAGAAAGAAUUGACAGACGAGGAGGUCAUUGAAAGGCUAGAGGAGAUGGUGAUGACGGUGAACAAGCUAGAAGAGAUGGAAGAUAUUGAGAGGAGGCUGAGGAAAAUUAGAGAUUUAGAAGAGAGGCUCCAAGAAGUAGAAGAGAUGUCAGAGAAGAUCCAGGAAGUGAUAGAAGAGGAAUUAGGGGAACAAGAGGUUGCCAUACUAAAAGAGGAAGAACUACAGAAAGAAAGUAAAGCCAUAACACGGACUGUAUUGAAAAAUUCUGUGAUGAUUGUGAAGCGCAUAAAUGGGGGAGAUGAGAAGGAUGAAUUAGAGGAGCAAAUAAAAGAGGUGUUUUUAAAGGGCCUUUUGCCCGAGGAUGACGAGGCUAAGAAAGAUGAGCAUUUGUUUGAUUAUAGUCUGAGAGAGAAACUACGUCAGAUAGAAGAUGAAUGGAAAGAUGAGGUGGAGGAAAAGCUUAAUUUUCCACCUGUCAGUACCUCUUCUCAGGUAUCUUCUAAGACGGUUGUAAGGACUAAGAAGAAAGUUGCUUUUAUGGAUCAGAGGCCACAAAGGCUUGAUGCAAUGGAAGAUGCCCUUCUAAGAAUAAUCUCAGAAAAGACCUCCCAAAACGCUGAGAUUGGACUGAAAACAGAAAUGUUGGAGAAAAGAGCUGAGAGGAAAGUUACUGAGGUUGAAGAUGGAUUUUCACUAGACAAAGAUAAGGAUACGUGGUCCACGCUUUUUGACGGUCCGCCGUACGUGCCAAUUAUCAAACCAGCAGUUACAUCAGUGAAAUGUGUUGAGUUGGAUGAGGGGAAGUUUUACACUUCAGAAUCAGUUGAGGAUAAAAGAGCCUUACUAGAAGAACGGCCAGUAGAAGACAUUUCGCAGACAAUUCUAGAAAGAGAAGAUGACUGGUUUGCGUUGCUGGAUUCUGUUCCCAGAUAUGUAAAACCAGUUACCUUGAAAGAACCAGGCCAGAUGGGGGCUGAAAGUUUGACCUCGGUGGCUGCAAAGCCUGAGGAGAUUAGGGAGGUGCAAAUUGAAGAGACAGAGCUAAGGGAAGAGGUGCCAACAUAUCUUCCACAUAUCCAACAACAGCCGGUGAAAGAGUACAAGGAUGACUGGUUUGUGUUGGUGGAUGUUGUGUCCAAAGAAACGACUUAUAGAGCACCAGCUGCUGUUGAUGUGUCUGCUAAAGAUCAUGUCUCUCUGAGUGAUGGGACAUUUGAAAUGAGCGAAAAACCCAUGGAUGUCGUAGUAGUCGAGGAACCACAAAUAAAAGAGGAUCUGAGGCAAAAUGAAGUAACUUUGCUAUCAGACAAUGUAAGAGAAAUAGAAGAUGAUUGGUUUUUACUGCUGGACGUUCCCACAAGAGAACCACAAGUUGUAACGCCAGUGACCUUGGCUGGGUAUGUUCAGGCUUAUGCUGGAAAAAGCAUUUCUGCUUUGGUUGAAGAAAAAGUGGAUGUUGAAGUAGAAGAGAUGCAAAAAGAAGAGGCUCCAAAGAAAAUGUAUCCAGAGCUAAAAAUAGCCCCCCCAGUCAUAAAGACAGAUGAUGACUGGUUUCUACUGCUGGAUGUAGUUCCCAGAGAAACUGCCUUUGUACCACCAGCUACCCUACCAGUGGUGGCCAAAAUUUAUCCAGAUGUAGGACCUGUGAUUGAAGUGAAAGGCAUCGAGCUGAAACCACUACCAUUUGGUUUGGACCAAAUGAGAGAGCAGCCAUCUCAACCACAGCGAGAGAAAGAUGACUGGUUUGUGUCAUUUGACGCUGUUCGUGAUGAGGCAGUUAAACGACUACCAGACACCCCUGUCGAAAUUACUCCAGCAAUGAGGAAACCCUUUGAGGCUGAUGUUUUAACUACUGAGACUAGAACAUGGGAGAUGAUGAUAAUUGGUGAGAACACCAGACAUGAUGAGACACGUAUUUCGGAAAUGAGACCAGUUAUACCAACGUCAGGGAGAGGAGAAGAUGAUGACUGGUUUGAAUUGUUCCCAAAACAAACCAUCCCAGAAAAGACUGCCCCUGUACCAUCAGUUGCCAUGGUUGAGCGUAUUGUGGAUGUGGCCGCAGUUAAAGCAACAAAACAAAAAUCCAGCAUAGAAGAAGUGAGACUGCCAGUGAAGUUAGUCAAGAUUAAACCACAACCGCGAAAGUUGGAUGAUGACUGGUUUGUGUUUUUAGAUGCAGUAAAAGUACCAGCUGCCGUCCCUGAGCGCCUCAGAUUCCCGGCAGAAAUUCCAAGAGUUAAAAGGGCUGAGACCACAACAAGGAUUUCUACUUUUGAGACAAGACCCCAGUUUGAGAAAAAGAUCCAGGAACAAAGAUGGCCCCUCAAACACACUCGUGUCAGUGAUGAUUGGUUUGUUCUACUAGACGUUGGCCCCAAAGAGUCAGUGGCGAUUACACAGAGAAGCACCCGUCCUGUGAGCGCUCCAGUCUUCUCCCAAGCUGCUCUGGCCGAGGCUGGAAUUCCAAUGGCACCCUUGGACCAGCCCCAGACCUCCACUCCAAUCAGGACAGGCGUCAAAGAGGAAAGGAAGCUCGAUGUCACUUUUGAAGUUGUUGAGCCAUCCAAAACCGAGGACAAGUCAGUAUGGAAUGACCAGAGAACUGACUCCUCACUGACACUGUCCAUCAAUGGGGACAUUCAGUCUGAGGUGACAAGCAGAGAGGUGGUGCAGUUGCGAAAGAAAAGAGCUAAGAAAAUUGAGGGUGACUCAAUUUAUAUGAGACAUAGCCUUUUAAUGUUGGAGGAGUUUGAUAAGCCUCAGGAGGACCUGCUCAGGCAUCACGCCAGUAUCAGCGAGCUGAAGAGGAAUUUCAUGGAAGCUGUACCUGAGCCCAGGCCCAGUGAAUGGGACAAGCGUCUGUCCACGCACUCACCUUUACGUACUCUGGGUGUCAAUGGCCAGCCCAGUGCCGAUGGGAGCGUCCGCAUUAGUCCGGUGUGCAGAGUUUCAGAGACCAAGGCUGCACUCGAGGAAACCCCUGUGAGUUUGGGCUUUUCCAACAAGACCAGUCCUGCUGUGAGCCCCUGGCAUAGUGCCUCGGCUCCCAGAGUUCCUUUUGACAAGUCAUGUGAUCAGGAAACACUUGUGGUGAUUGAAUCAUCCCUGGUGCCAAUGGUAGAGGUGGAGAUGGUGCAUCUGGUUCCCUCUCUCGAACCCAGCAGUACAUAUUUAGAUGAGACCCAGAAAGCAGAAGGUUCAUGUCCCAGAUUUUCGGAGCACUCUGGGAAUAAAGUCGGAUCUUCCCCUGCUUCCUAUUUCAGGGGCGGUGGUCCACAGGUCAUACGCAGCUUCCAGCCCCCUCUGGUGCAGACCCAGACAGUCACCAUCACAGCUGUCCCCAACUCCUUACCCAGUGGCAUCUCCACCACAGAGGUCCCUAUCGUCCCAACCAAGACCGUCACCUACGAGUCUGCAAAGGGUGCAGUUGAUGGGACAGAAGAGGAGAAAGAAAGCACAGUUUCCAUCUCUCAGACCUCAGAAACCACCAGUGGCACCACCGUCACUACUACCACUACACACAUCUCGAAGAUUGUGAAAAGUGGCUCCUCAGAGACUCGUGUGGAGAAAAGAAUCGUCAUAACUGCUGACAGUGACGUUGAUCAGGAUAAGGGGAAAGACGGCGGCGCAUCGGCAUUGUAACCGAUGCACCACAAGCAGCUCCUCCUUUGACUGCCCAUCUCCCAUUCCCCUCGGUCAGAGUGCCGUACGCCACACACACUGACUGACCCACUCUUUGACGCACGCACACAUAUCUCAUGAAUGUGCACCCAGUAGCAGAGUCUGACUAGAUUGUGUUUUGUUUUCUUUCUCUUUAUGGUUUGAGCUGUUCAUAGAAAGUUAGAGGAGGGCUUGCAUCGUGCUGAUCAAACCUCAAACCUUGAAAAGCUUCUCAGAACUUCCACUUCCAUUGUUUUAAAACAUAUUUCUCUUUCUUUCCAAUUGUAGCAGAUAUGUUUGCUUUUAAACAUGUUUACUUCCCUUUUUAAUUAUUAUUAUUAUUAUUAUUAUUCGUUUCACCAAGGCACUGUUUCGGAGUUAGUUUUGAUUGUCAGUGUUCAUUCCCUUGGUACUACUUGGAACGUAGAGACUACUCUCAAGGGAACUCUUCUUUCUGUUGUUUACAUUCAGGAGAAACAUUGCAUGAAAUUGUGUACUUGAUGUACAAUGAUUCAAACAUAAAUAUAAUUUUGUGCACUAAUUCGGACAGCUGUUUGGUUUCACUCAGGAAAUAUAACCAAAAUUUGCUUCUUUUAUGAGCAGCCGACCACCUGUAGCCUACAUGUUCUUGUAAAGUUUGAAUUAAAACUUGAUCUAUUUUGACAUAUUUCUCUAUUUUAUAGGUUUAAUGCUUUUAUAGUGUUUGUACAAAAUGGAAAUGUUUUAAGUUAUUCAUAUCCCUCACUGACUUAAAUUGUGCUGUUGUCUAAAUUUGCGGUCUCUAUUGAAGAUUUUCUUCCAUGAUUUGUUCUUACUCAAUUCCUCAACGUCAUGUUAAUCAGCCCACCAUUCAUUAACAUUGUGCUUCCCUCAGCCGUGAUGUUUUGAAUACAUUUCAUUGAUACACGUUUCAAGCUUUGGUCUGUUUCUCUCAGGUUUUAAUGUACUUCGCAAGACCACAGACCUCAAUCAGAAUGUAUGAGGAAUGUCCAUAUACUUAUAUCUUGCCCCUCCUUUAAUGUACAUUCAUUUUCAGCCGUGUGAAGUCAAUACAUUGAAAGAGCCUGUUCUCACGAGAAUUUCGGAGGAAUGUGUACAAAAAAAAUGGGGGUUCAUUCAAAAAGCUUUCUUUUUAAUAAUACAUUUUUUAAUCGUAUUUUCCACCCACCCUAUGCCCUCACCUCCUACCUAUUUACAUUUAUGGGAAAAUACAUUUUGUCUUCAUGUUGCUGGAAAACAGUCACAUUUGACCGAAUAUUGUUCUUAACUUUUUGUACAAUUUCCAACUAAACUCUUGCGGGAACACGUUACGCUUGUGGCUCGUCUCAGUGAAGCGCAAGUGGAAGGUGAAGGCAGCUGUCCUGGUAAAUGUGGCUUUUUUUUUUUUUUUUUGUCAUAGGAGCACAAUUUUUUUUUGUUAGUUUUUUUUUUUUUUUUUUUUACAUGUUCUACUAUACAGUAAAUUAUUUGUAAAGUAGCAACUGUUUCAUGUGAUUUUCAUGUACUGUGAUGUUUCAAGGAAAAAGCUGAUUUCCAGGCUUCCAUUUAGAGAUGUCACAAAGUUUAUAUCAAGAAAGUUUGUAAAGCCUUUUACCACAUAGUCCAAGUAGAUUUGCUCUCACUUGCUGUCUAAUGUGCUUUUGUGUAGAAGGUAGAAGCUGUCAAACACACCAGUUCCCUUUUAGACCACGUGUUUCUUCGUCUUGGUCGCAAACUUGGUAGCUACAACAACAGCAACCUCCCCAGAAGAAACUUGGAAUUUCACAUGGGAAAAAUAGAUUUUAGAUGGUGGAAAAUAUUGUUGCUUUAUGAUUCAUCUUUGUCUUUUAUUAAAAAAAAAAAAAAAAAAAGCAUUA